AUGCCGUCUUUUCGCAGAGAUUCAAGAAGGGAUUCCUCUCACUCUAACUCUGAAAUCAAUUCUGUCGGGGAUUCCACUGCACUUCCAGCAUCGGCUGGUGGUUUAAUCACGGGUUCUGCUACAGUCUCUGCAACGGACCCGGGAUCGAUCUCUGCAACAGAUUCUGCAACGGCCUCUGCAGCGGCAUCGCCUCUAGUUUCCAGAAAUCCAUCACUAUCACUACCAUCCUCACCAGAGGCUUCUGAUUCUGCUAAUUCAUCUGCAAAGUCACCAUCCACAUUACGUCCUCAAUCUCCCAUCCCCAAAGAAGAUAGUGAUACCACCCUCUAUGAUACUGCUGCUUCCACCCCAGUACAGGAAUCAUCUCAUGGUUCUGCUUUGAAGAGUAGACACAGGAGCAGCUCUCUGUCUCAAAGACUUAAGCAUCUCUUCUCUUCUCAUCGAGAAGCUGAAAGAGGGUCGACCAGUUUAACUACUGCGCCUGCCGUGUCUAUUGUUACCGGGCCUACCACUUCUGUAUAUCCUUCUGCCGGUCCUUUGAGCGCCUCGCCAAUUCCUGUUUCCCACUCCAAUGUCUCUUUGGGCUCAAAAUCAAUGCCAAGUUCUCCUGUCCUUGACUUAAAGCCUGACAUUUUUAGGUCACUUCACAAGCAUCCGGUUUCCGAACUACAAACACAAACAUGUCAGGAUUCUUCGGGGGAUAAUGACGAUUUUCUCACUCCCACUAUACAUCGGCCUCGUACUAAAUCCAGACGAUCUCCCAGAUUGCAGCCCAAUUCGCCUACUCUUUCCCCCUUAGUCAUUCCAAGAAGCACAUCUUCUUCUCCUGGCGAGCGAGGUGCCAAUUCCAGCGAUUCUGAUCUUCCUAGUGCCUUGUCUAAACUGAGAAUUAUGCCUUCUGUUCCUGAAAACGAUUUGGACGAUUUGCUUGAAGAAGACGAAGACAACGUCGAAGACGAUGACCUUGCUAUCAAUCCGCAAAAUGGUAGUUGUACUAAUAGUAGCAGGGAGGAUGAUACUGGCUACUACACUUCUGAAUCUACAGAUCCCCGUCACCAUCAUCACCAUCAUCACCAUCACCAUCACGACCCACAAUCACAGAAUCAACAGCAACUUCAGCAGCUCGGACACAGAUCUCGUCGCCAUACUACCUCGUCCCGUUCCUUGCCAUCUUCCCCUCUGAUUCGUCCUCACGAGGGAGUUACCUCUACCGCCCUGGAAACCAAUAAAUCGUCGACGGCCCGGACCAAUUCGCAGGAUUCUUCAAAGCGUGAGCGCUCCGCUUCAAAAGUGCCACAUCCGUCGACGUCUCCCCCCAUUUCUAGAUCGAACUCGGGUUCAAGAUCUAGCUCCAAUCAUGGCUCCCGACAUAGAGCCACAUCUGUGACUGCAUCUGAUUUGAACGAUCAUGACGCCAUAGACAAUGUGUUGAAGCACUCACAGUCCAUCAAUUAUUCAUCCGCUCAUCUAUUGAAUCAGAAGAUGUUCAAAUUGAAGAGUGGACGUAUCAAGAUUUCAGCAGAUGGUAAAACCCACGAGCACGAUUAUAAUCGAUUUCGUACUCAGCCUGUCAGACCUAAUAGAGGCCUCUUUGGGUGGAUGAAACGGAAAGAUGCCGAAGAGGAUUCUUUUACAACGUUGGAGCAUUCGAUUAGUCUGUUGCCCGACUCCUACAGUAAGCAACUAAUAGAACUUAAGGGAAACCCAGAGAACUACCGUUGGAAUUACGACGAUUCCGACGAGAAUGACGAGGAGGACAACGAUAAGGAUGAAAACAUAGGUGACGAAGACGACGAUAAUAACGAAGGUGAUGACGAUGACGAUGACGAAGACUACGAUUUUGAUGACGAGGCUGAAGAUGAACUCAUUGAACCAAUAAUCGGUAAGGAACAACUACGACUUAUCAAUGUGAUGCUGGAUAAGAUAGAGCAUCCAGAAUUGUUUCGGGAGAGACUACGUACCAAAGGCUCCAACAAGAAAUCCCUAAUAGAAAAGUAUGGCCGCAUUGAAGGCUUUAUAGGUAAAGAAUCCUAUGGUACUGUAUCAAUUUCCUCGAAGACAUAUCCGGGUGACAGAAAGCACAAGACGUACUUUGCAAUCAAACAGUUGAAACGAAGAUCAGGCGAAACGAUGCAUCACUUUGGCAACAGGGUGACGAGCGAGUUUAUGAUCUCUUCUUGCUUGACUCAUCAGGCUAUCAUUAACGUUUAUGACUUGAUGUUGGAUCCCGUGUCCAUGACAUAUUCGCAGAUCAUGGAGUACAUCCCCUGUGGUGAUCUAUUUUCGCUUAUAUCGUCAACAAAUGGAUUGGAAGUGAUUGAAUGCGACUGCUUCUUCAAGCAGAUUUUGAAUGCUAUCACCUACUUGCACUCUGUGGGUAUAUCGCAUAACGACUUAAAGGUAGAGAAUCUUCUUUUGACAAAGAAGGGACAGUUAAAGAUCAUCGACUUUGGUACUUCUGCCGUUUUUAAAACAGCAUGGGAAAGCAAGGUUCAGUUCUCUAAGGGCCCCUGUGGUUCCGAAAGAUACGUUUCUCCCGAACAAUAUGAUCUCGAUAAAGAAUAUGAUCCUAGGUUGGCAGACGUUUGGUCUUUAGGUAUUAUUUAUCUUGUGAUGUUGUAUGGAAACUACUGCUGGGACGUUGCCAAGGACUGUGACGAACGAUAUGAGCAGUUUUUGGAGACUAGAGCCAAGUACGAUUAUCAUAAGGGAUCUACAACAAGAAACAAGCAGUUCAAGACUAUCCGAAAAGGAGUAUUCAACCCUAUUGAAUCAAUAAAUUGGGGAGAGUUUCCUAAUUCCAGAAGGUAUACCUUGUACAAUAUCCUUAACCCUGAUCCAAAGUACCGUAUGAGAACUUAUCAGAUUUGGCAGAGUGACUGGAUCACCAACUUCCAGGUCUGCGAUGCUGGACGUGGCUAUCUUUCGUACGAUGAUUACAUUGAACUGGCCAUCCAGACAGCUCAUGCCGCUGGUAAUGCACUCCCAUCGACUGCAAACACCAGCAGAGCCAACAGCGGAUAUAACAGCGGGGUGGACACUCCAAUUACACCUUCUACACCUUUAAUCUCUGCAACGACAAUGGCUACGUCACCUGUGAAUCUUCUACCCACAGCGCCGACCCCAAUGGCCCCAAUGGCCCCAAUGGCCCCAAUGGCCCCAACGGCCCCAACGGCCCCAACGGCUCCGACAGCACCUACAGCACCAGUACCACAACGGUCAUUGUCAUUACGCAGAACCAAAUGA